AUGACUGCUCUGAAGAGACUGGCCACCUUCAGCAAUGAUGGCGGCUACGUCAUCAACCCUGCGCGCUUUGACCCUGCCAAGGUCACCUUGAGUACGUUUGGCCAAAGUGCUAACAAGGUGCUCUCCUGGAAGCCGCAGUCGGGGCAGCCUGCCCGGGCUAUCUGCAUGACCAUGGGCUUCGUCUUCACCUGUAAUGUCGUCUUCCCGACGUUGUUUGGAAAGCAGCAGUCACAGACUGUAAAGUCAGUCCUGUUUGGCCCUGUGCGGGCGGAGUGGGAGCGAACGAUGGCUUUCUUUGGCACUGUAUUCAACCACAGUGAGCUACCCAUCAGCACAUUCACUGCAUCGCAGCGCUACGUCGGUGUCAACAUGCGCACCUUCCCUUCUGAUCCCACCCCAGCGCUCCCAGAUGUGUCGUUCAUCGGGGCAACACCCAGCAAGAGCACUGGCAAGCAGGGUCCGAGGGCAGGCACAGGCAAGAUGCCCUCUGUGCCAUCGCGCAGCCUGUUGGAGAUGCGCAACAAGACCACCUGGAACACGCAGGACGACAUUGGCGUGUGGGACGGCACCGCAUACUUCAAGAAGAACAAGAAAGCCUCCUUGAAGUUCUCGUUUGAUGAGGUUCACAAGCUCCCGCGCCUGGAGACUGUUCCCGGGUUUGGUGACGUUGUUGUUGUUUUGUACUCCACGUCCUCGUACCUUCGCGACGACAAGAUCAACCUCAGCCUGAACCUGUAUGGUGUUGUGCUGGUUGCCCGCGCGUAA